AGCAGAGAGGCGAGGUUUGCAACAGUGAGCCUGUGUUUCAUUGAGUAAAACGAGCCAGUUCUUGGAAUAUCAUCCUUGAUCAGAUCACUUCUUCUGAAACAUGGACUUUAUUUAGUGGGGUCUUUUUGUUCAUUCCUUUCAAGAUACUUUCAUUGCGUAAAGACAUCGCUUAAACCCCGACGGCAGCGUCGACUUUAGAACAUUUUGAGUUAGGAUCGACAGAGGUGGACUGUGUACAUGUGUGUUGUUCGAUGGACAUCACAACAUCGUGUUCCUUUGUACAGUCCUGGAUUUGCCCCAGCCUCGAUCCGCGUCCGGAGUUGAUCUGGAUUUCUUGCUGAUCUCCCUUCUGCACUGUGUAUUUCGGCGAUGUGAUCUUGAGUUGCAUCUUGCCAGGGGAUGGUUCAGUGGUGAGAAACCGAAAGACUUUUGUUUCCCUUCUGGUGAUGUUUCGAAUCUGAAUUAAACCCCCCCCCCCUCCCCGACGUCUAUUUCGUCCCCCUACUCCACAGAAGUCCGUUUUGGGAACAUUUUCUCUGUGUGCGCUCGUGUGUGAUUUUUGUUUUAAUUGAAAAAAAAGACAGUGGGGGAGUGUUGAGGAACAGCAUCCAAGGAUGUAUCCACAAGGCAGGCAUCCCGCACCCCAUCAGCCAGGACAGCCAUUUAAGUUUACGGUGGUGGAGACGUGCGAUCGCAUUAAGGAGGAAUUUCAGUUUUUGCAGGCGCAAUAUCACAGUCUCAAGCUGGAAUGUGAGAAGCUGGCCAGUGAAAAGACAGAAAUGCAACGGCAUUACGUCAUGGUAUGUACUCAAUACUAUGAAAUGUCCUAUGGAUUGAACAUUGAAAUGCAUAAACAGGCAGAAAUUGUGAAGAGACUGAGCACAAUUUGUGCACAAAUUAUACCAUUCCUCUCCCAGGAGCACCAGCAACAGGUGGUCCAGGCAAUUGAGCGAGCUAAGCAGGUCACCAUGGCGGAGCUGAAUGCCAUCAUUGGGCAGCAGCAGCUCCAGCACCUGUCCCAUCAUGCACCUCCAAUUCCACUCACUCCACAUCCGUCAGGACUCCAGCCUACGGGAAUUCCUUCCAUUAGCGGUGGCUCGGGCCUCUUGGCUCUCUCCAGUGCCCUCGGCGUCCAUGCCCACUUAGCGAUGAAAGACGAUAAGAAUCACCUGGACAUGGAACAUCACAGAGACCGAGAUCGUGAUGCCAGUAGAAGUAAAUCUGUGUCUCCGUCCGACAGUCUACGCGCUGAAGACAAGCACAGAGGCUCCCUCGACUACACCACCGAAGGCAAGAAGAGGAAGUGUGAUGAUAAAGACUCGGUGGGACAUUAUGACAGUGAUGGUGAUAAGAGCGACGAUAACUUGGUUGUGGAUGUUUCAAACGAGGAUCCAUCAUCUCCACAAGGCAGUCCGUCCCAUUCUCCCCGAGGGAACGGGCUGGACAAGUUUCAUCUCCUGAGGAAGGAUGCUCCAAGCAGCCCUGCAUCUCUAGCCUCCUCGCGCAGCACGCCGCCCACCAAAUCCAAAGAGCCGGGCUUGAAUGAGAAGGCCACUACCCCAGUCUCCAAGUCUAUCACCCCAACACCCCGGAGCGACUCCUUAACCCCUGGUCCAAGCUCUGCCUCUCGAUUGCGACAGAUUUCCAGUAAACCGAGUGUGGAUGCGUUGGGUCUAAGGAGCCCAUUGACAGUCCCUGGCCCCUACCCAACGCCAUUUGGAAUGAUGACGCAUGCAGGAAUGAAUGGGGAGUUGCCCAGCCCUGGGGCCUACGCAAGCCUCCACAUCUCACCUCAAAUGAGCUCUGCAGCCGUGUAUGGUCGAUCGCCUAUGGUUGCGUUUGACUCACAUCCUCAUAUGCGUCCUUCAGGCCUUCCUCCGAGCCUGCCCACAAUUCCUGGGGGAAAACCGGCCUAUUCAUUCCAUGUAAGUGCUGACAGUCAGAUGCAGCCUGUCCCAUUCCCUCCCGAUGCUUUGGUGGGACCAGGGAUUCCUCGGCAUGCCCGGCAGAUCAAUAGCCUGAAUCACGGUGAGGUAGUGUGCGCCGUUACCGUCAGCAACCCCAUGAGGCACGUGUACACCGGAGGCAAAGGGUGCGUCAAGGUGUGGGACAUCAGCCAGCCGGGUACUAAAAGCCCCAUCUCUCAGCUGGACUGCUUGAACCGGGACAACUACAUCCGUUCCUGCAAACUCCUUCCUGAUGGGCGCACGCUGAUCGUGGGCGGCGAGGCCAGCACACUCUCCAUCUGGGACCUGGCAGCGCCGACCCCACGAAUCAAAGCCGAACUGACCUCGUCAGCUCCCGCCUGCUACGCGCUCGCCAUCAGUCCUGACGCUAAAGUCUGUUUCUCGUGCUGCAGUGAUGGCAACAUUGCCGUAUGGGACCUGCACAAUCAGACCUUGGUUAGGCAGUUCCAGGGCCACACGGACGGAGCCAGUUGCAUCGACAUUUCAAACGAUGGGACCAAGUUGUGGACUGGGGGUCUUGAUAAUACUGUCAGGUGCUGGGACCUGAGGGAAGGACGACAACUCCAGCAGCACGACUUCACUUCACAGAUUUUCUCCCUGGGGUACUGCCCAACUGGUGAGUGGCUUGCAGUUGGCAUGGAGAGCAGCAACGUAGAAGUGUUACACGUCAACAAGCCAGACAAAUACCAGCUUCAUCUUCAUGAGAGCUGCGUGCUGUCACUGAAGUUUGCCUGUUGUGGUAAAUGGUUUGUGAGCACUGGGAAGGACAACCUUCUGAAUGCAUGGAGAACUCCCUACGGAGCCAGUAUAUUCCAGUCAAAGGAAUCAUCAUCGGUGCUGAGCUGCGACAUUUCAGUGGAUGAUAAAUAUAUUGUUACUGGCUCAGGAGACAAGAAGGCUACUGUCUAUGAAGUGAUCUACUGAGCAGCCACCUUUACGAAGCAAGAAAUCUAAAAGGGACACCAAGCUGUUACUGGACGUGGAUUUAACGAGGGACAAGGUCAACGACAGCUACUGCCAAAGCAGACUGCAUAUGUACUGUUAAAAGCUGCAAUAUACUAUAGAGUGGAACCUUCAGAUAGAAUUAGACAUAAGAAAGGCUCGCGUACCUGGGGCAUUUGUCUUGUUUAUGCAACAUAGUAAACCUGUAAUUGUGGAAAGUGUAUAUAUUUCUUAAAAAAAAAUUUGCAAUCAAUGCUGUAGCCACUAACAAUCAUUCAUUCAUGAAGACCUUCUUUAUUGUCUUUGCCUUUGGAACGCAGGGCUCCUGUUGUAUUUAAUUGCUCAACUACAUUCAACAAUGUCUAGGGGACAAAUGCACUGUGUAGAACUAAUUUGUGCUUUAAACAGCAGUUACAACAUGAAGUUUAGAAUGCUAUCAUCUUUAAUCCUAGUCCUCAUUUCUUUUCUGACAAGACUUGUGCCACUUUUCCUAUGUAGGGCACGACUCUGCAGAACAUCACCACAGAGGAUAAAGGUUUCCGUUUGACUUUUAACUUGGCCUGUGAUCAUUUUUCCAACCCACUGGUGGAGCAGGGGAAGCAGAGUCAGUCAAUUCAAAGGGAAUUCGAAAGGCCUCGAGGGAAAUUGAUGUGUAGGGUUAUGGGGGAAAGAGCAGGUGAAUGGGGCGGACAAGAUUACUUCAAAGGUUAAUGAACAGAGAACCCUCCUUCAGUGUUAAGAUAAUUAUAUACUUUCAACAAACAACGGGCAACCAUUAAUGUUAGAACAGAUUAUUAAAACAGAGAUGAGGAGGAACUUCUUUAGUCAGAGGGUGGUAAAUCUGUGGAAUUAAUUGCCACAGAUGGCUGUGGAGGCCAAGACAUUGGGUAUAUUUAAAGCAGAGAUUGACAGGUUCUUAAUUAGUAAGCGUGUCAAAGACCAUGGGGAGAAGGCAGGAAGGCAGGGUUAAUAAGUCAGCCUUGGUGGAAUGGUGAAGCAGGCUCGAUAGGCCUAAUUCUGGUUCUGUCUUAUGAGCUCAUAUGGCAGUCACCUGCUCCCUCCUCAGCCUUUCAUACCAAUAUAACCAAGUGCAAUGUUGGCAAUUUCAAAAUAUCGUAUGCCUCCAGAGAACCCCUUCUCUAUAUCCUCCCCAAACUACUUUUGAAAUUUAUUUCUCUUUAUAGAAAUUUUGAACUUGAUGAUUGCAAGUUGGAUUAUGACGUUGGGUCUCACUUCUCAUAAAGGAGGAAGGACACCACGUCACACAAGAGGCCCUAUAAAACGUAUGGAAUGAAUACACACUUGUGUAGAACUGGCAGAACAGGACCGGUGAAGUAGUGCACUGUGAUUCAAAGAAAUAGAGGCUAGGGGAAAGGUGAAUGGAGGCACUGAACAUGUGAUGUAACUAUAUUAUAUUGCAGCUUCAAAAAAGAAAUUUGCACUCUUAUGUGCAUUUUAAGAACAAGCUUCUCUUUUGUACAGGUCAAUGUAAGUGACUGACUGUAGAACCCUGCUGUAUAGUUAAUAAACAAGCUGAUUAAACAGGUAAAACUCUGCAUCUUUGAGUGUCCCAUAACUGAAUAGGAAAAGCAAAAACUACAGGAGUGAAAAUGUCAAUAUUGAUAUUACUGAUUUAAUUAUUCAUAGCGCUUAUGGAAGCUGAGACAAUCAUUCAGUUCAUGAAUGGCCCAGUUUCUGAACAUUAAUAAACAGGAUCUGUCUCACGAUAAAACACAGGUCAGUUCAGACCACAGGAUAUAUGAGCAGAAUUAGGCCAAUCAGCCUACUGAGUGCCAAUCUCCCCUAACACAGUCAAAAGAGGCUAUCGUCAUGUGCACAUGUACCAAAGGAUAAUUAUCCAUCAGGAUUUGAACAGCUUGGGAAGAUGGAUUCACAAAAGGUAGCUAUUACUUUUCGAGAAAUAAGAGUUGUAGCUUGAGAUGGCUUGGUAGCUUGAAGGGGUAGACUUUAUCGCAGUCGUUUCAAGUUUUCUUGUGGGAAAUUGAUGUGGAAGAUCUGGGGGAUUGUAGUGGAGUGGGCUGGCAGAAACAUAAGUGUUUGAGGAUUAAAGGAAGGAAAGUAAUAAUCUCUUGUGACCUGGCAUGGUGAACAAGGAUAUUGAAGUUAAGGGGAUUGUGGAAGUAGAAUAGAGCAUACAGAACCAGGCCUGUCGUGCAUUUAUAAACACAUUUCUGACUCUAACCUGAAGAUGUGAACAUCCAUUUCUCCUUCCAGGGACUUUUUUUCUCCCUCGUCCUUCCCUCUUCUUCUAUUCUCCUCUCCGGCCUCCUACCACUCCCCUCACCUGCCUAUCACUCCACGUUUGUGCCCUUCCUCCUUCCUUUUUACCUUUGGUCCAUGCUCCUCGCCUAUCAGAUUUCUUUUCCAGCUAACACCUACCAGCUUCUUAAUUCAGCCUCCCCCUCUCCUCUACCCACCUAGCUCCACCGACCACCUUGUUCUCCUUCCCCUCUCCCCAACCUUUGUAUUCUGGUAUCUGCUCUUUUCCUUUCCAGUCCUGAAGAAAGGUUUCAGCCCGAAAUGUCAGCUAUUUAUUCAUUUCCAUACCUGCUGCCCGACCUGUGGAGUUCCUUGUGCAUUUUUUGUCUAUACAGGUUUCCUCCCACUAUCCGAAGGUAGAGCAUUCCUAUGAAACCGUUUGUAAGCCAAAAUGGUGUAAAGUGAAGAAGCAAUUACCAUUAAUUUAUAUGGGAAAAAUUUUUGAGCGUUCCUGGACCCAAAAAAUA